AUACUUCAAUCAACAGAGUUGUAUAGUGACUCAUCAGAAGGAUAGAAAGACAAAAGAUAAAAAAGAAGUGGAAAGAUUUGUUUUCCUUUUUAUUUUGGGGCCCUAUAGGUAACAUAAAGUUUUUUUCAAGCAUAGUGGUUUCUUUCCUUAUAUUUUUUAUUAUUUCUCGGUAAUUGCAAUCGGCGUGAAGUUCUGCACGCGUUUUGGUCGGAAUUUCGGUUCUCAUACAUUCGUAUAUUUGUUGGAGUCGCCUUCGGCUCCAACAGAAAGAUCUUGUAAUUAGGCAAAUAAAACUGUUAUAGUAAAGUCUAGCUACUUUUGGUGACUUAUAUUUGAUGGAUGAAGUGAUUGUAUUAGACAGUGACAACGAACAGGAACAAUCAUCAGACAUGGAGGUUGAGACAGUAGAACUGGAUGCCGAACAAAUUGUCCCCAAGGAUAAUGCAACUAUUGCUGAAGAGAAAAAGAAGUUGGGUAACGACCAAUAUAAAGCACAAAAUUACCAUGCUGCGCUUAAGCUUUACUCUGAUGCCAUUCAAUUGUGUCCUGACUUUGCUGCGUAUUAUGGCAAUCGCUCCGCCUGUUACAUGAUGCUUUCCAACUAUAUAAAUGCCUUAAGCGACGCUCGCCAAGCAGUUCGUCUAGAUCCGAAGUUCGACAAAGCGUACGCACGGAUUGCCAAAUGCUGCUUAAUAAUGGGCGAUAUGGUGGGUAGCGAGCAAGCAAUCAAAAAGGUGCUCGAAUUAGACUCACAAAGCAAUGCUGUCAAAGUAGAACAACAGGGAAUGCAGCAGUUGCGUCUGCUGGAGAAGACGAUACAAACAAAUUAUGACUCUAAGGCGUACCGCAAUGUAGUGUAUUAUUUAGACAGUGCAUUGGCUAUUGCUCCAGCCUGCCUUAGAUAUCGUCUGCUCAAAGCUGAAUGUCUCGCAUUUCUUGGUCGCUGUGAUGAAGCUGUUGACAUUGCUGUAAGUGUUAUGAAGUUAGAUACCACUUCUGCGGAUGCAAUAUAUGUUCGUGGCUUGUGUCUUUACUACACUGACAAUCUUGAGAAAGGUAUAUUGCAUUUUGAGCGUGCGCUCCAGCUUGACCCUGAUCAUAAAAAAGCUAAAGAGAUGCGAAACAAAAGUAAAGCAUUGAAAGACAUGAAGGAAAAUGGUAACACUCUCUUUAAAUCGGGUCGUUUUCGAGAAGCACAAACUAUCUAUACGGAUGCCCUAAAAAUUGACGAGUUGAAUAAGGACAUAAAUUCAAAACUGUUGUACAAUCGAGCUUUGGUAAACUCAAAAAUUGGUUCUUUGCGUGAUGCUAUCGCCGAUUGUACACGUGUUUUGGAAAUUAAUUCACAGUAUCUGAAGGCACUGCUUUUACGUGCGCGUUGUUACAAUGAUCUAGAGAAAUUUGAUGAGUGUGUGAAUGACUAUGAGGCGGCAUUGCAGUUGCAGAAGACUCCCGAGAUUAAAAAGUUAUUGCGAGAUGCGAAACUUGCCUUAAAGAAGUCUAAGCGUAAAGAUUAUUACAAAAUUCUUGGUAUAUCACGCAAUGCUACCGAAGAUGAAAUAAAGAAAGCAUACCGUAAAAAAGCUUUGGUUCAUCACCCUGAUCGACAUGCUAACAGCAGUGCAGAAGAACGUAAAGAGGAGGAGUUAAAAUUCAAAGAAAUAGGUGAAGCUUAUGCAAUUUUGUCAGACCAACGUAAAAAGAUGCGAUAUGACAGCGGUCAAGAUAUAGAGGAUCAGGAGCAAGAUUUUGAUCCCAACCAAAUGUUUCGUCAUUUCUUCCAGUUUAGUAGCGGAACUGGGCCUGGGGCAUCUUUUGGAUUUGAAUUUUAAAUGCCGCGUGGCACAAAUUAUGAAGACCACAACCAGAAUAUGCAACAUAACAUGUAUUCUCAAUAACGACGUACUCGUGCAAACUCAAAUAUAAAAGCAGAACCAAAUUGUUAAAACCUUGUUUUCGCUAAUUCGAUAAAAAAAUGUGUGGAAAAUAAAAUUAUGAGCAUUUUAAAAGUUUUAAAAAAUUAAAUUCGUAUUGCGUAAAAUUUCAAAAAGUUUAUCAUAUAUGUAUAUAGCUAAUUGCAGUAACUUCUGGUAACAUAAUUUGACGAGACGACAUAUUAAAAGUUUUAAUAAAGGAUUCAAAUAUUUAUUUCAA